AUGGGGAAGAAACCAUUUAUCGAUCGCAAAACAGCAAAACAUUUUCAUUUGGUUCACCGAUCACAGCGUGAUCCACUAAUCAACGAUGCAGAGGCAUCUUCGCACGUACUUGUAGAGCACAUUCCCUCCAAUUUGAAGGGCAAAGUUCCACCCAUCCAAAGUGAUGCGCAAGUCGACGCAGAAAAUCGUAUAGGUCAAGCUGCGCUGUAUGGUAUAUAUUUUGAUGAUGCCGAAUACAAUUAUAUGCAACAUUUGAAGCCAAUUGGCACUGAAGCAGGGGCUGUGUUCAUAGAAGCGCCCGCGCGUAAAGAAAAGACAAAGGUAUUUGAAUUACUUCUCGUUGGUCAAAAUUAUAGCAAGGAAGAAGAAAUGGAGAUAAUUGAUAUGGGUACCUCGCUAUUAGCCAGUAUAGAGAAGAAAGCGGCGGGAGUAGAUCUACCCCCCGAGGUUCUUCCUUCAUCUUCAGAAAUUCCGCUUGACGUAAUCAAUCAACCUGCUAUUCCUGACGAGUUGCAAGGCCUCCAACCAGAUAUGGACCCCAGUCUCCGAGAAGUGUUAGAAGCACUUGAGGAUGACGCUUACGUGGAUGAAGAUGUAGGCGACGAUUUUUUCGCUCAGCUUCAGCAGGCAAAUUUUUUUGCAGAUGAAGAGGGUGGCGCGUUUAAGAAGAAAAAGGAGAGAGUGAUGGAAGUUGACGAAGACGACGAAGAUGAUGAAGAGAAUGAAAAUGAUGAAUAUGACGGAGGGGAUAUUAGUGACAACGAUGAAAAUGAUAGGCAAAGAGAUGCGUGGGAACGCGAAUUUAGAAAGUUUCAAAAACGCAAGGAACAAGUGAAAGAUAGAUCAGAUGAUAAACAAUCCAGAAUGACCGGAUAUUCCAUGUCUAGCUCUGCCAUGUUUCAUCUCGACGAUAUAUUCGACGAUUUUCUGGAAAAAUAUGAAGUUCUCGGUAAUAAGAUGGCUCCCAGACUCGCGGGCACAUCAGCCAUAAGAGCAUUAGAUACGAUUCGACGGGAACUAGGAGAGGUCGUCAUUGAGGAUGAAGUAGACGGAAAGCGAACCAAAAGGAAAAAGAAAGAAGAAUAUGUGGAGAUUGACCUGACAAGUGAAGGAAAGAAUAAGCGGGAGGCUUGGGAUUGUCAGUCGAUUUUGUCAACAUAUUCUAAUCUUGAGAACCACCCUACAUUAAUAAGAGAAGAACGUUACCGAAAAAUUAAAAUACACCCGAAAAGCGGAAUGCCGAUUAUAGAAAAAAUGGAAAAUGUAUCAGCCAUUUCAAAGGAGGAAGCAAAAAAUGGUUACACGGAUUCUCUUUCCGACAGCGAAGACAGUAUUGAAAGUGUAGAACCUCGAGUGAAUAGGGGAAUAGCACGAUCUCGCGGUGAAGCGGCAGAUGACAAGAAAAAACGAAAAGAAACUGUCAAGGCUGAGCGGCGGGCUCGUAGGGCAGAAAAGAAGUCACACAAGCGAGCAUUCGCUCGAGAGCAUACGAAACAAACCAAAAUGGUUUUGCGUAAAGAGAAUAAUCAUGUUAGCGCUAUGCAUUUGGAAUGA